AGUUUGACAAUUUAAUAUAAUGGGUUCGGAGUCUAUCGUAUCAAUAGAAGCAGUGGCUCCUCUCGUGUUCAUCAUCGCAUUGUUAUGUACCCCUCCCGGUAUGGGAGGAGGCACCCUCUUCGUACCCGUUCUUCAUAUCAUAGGUAUGUUAUCUGCUAGGGAUGCCGCAGCCACUAGUCAGGUUUUAGUGGCUUCUGCGACUCUUGCGAAAGUUCUAUCGUCCGUUUAUAUACAAUUGCAUGGGAACAGUUCUGUUGAGUCUAUUAUUAAUCUGCCGUAUGCAGUAUUAAUGCUACCUCCUAUGGUGGUCGGUGGUUUGCUUGGGGUCUAUCUCUACACGUGGCUUCCUGAAAUAUUCCAAUUAGUGCUCUAUGUAUUCACUGCUAUUCUCGCAUCAUGUAUGGGCUUCAAGAAGGGCAUAGGCUUGUGGAAAUCCGAGACAGAAGGGGCGUCUAGUGCUGGCCAACUAGGCGUGGUGCCACCGCCCUGCGUAACUGAAGAUACAGUGCUACCGUCCGUGACAUCAAGAGCUCGGUCCAUCUCGCUUUCACUGAAAUAUAAGAAGGCUAUUCUCAUCACUACUCUGUUGGCUGUGUGGAUAGCAGUUAUCCUCUCACGCCUGUUAUUGGGCUCGUCAUCUACGCCAAGUAUCAUUGGCAUCCCUUACUGCACCGGUCUCUACUGGGCUCUCUCCGUCAUCGUGUGCAUAAUGCUGAUGGCUGUGCCCGGUUUAUUUGUCGUAGCUAUCAAGUCGGCAGCCAUGUUGAAAUUGGCUGUGAAGCUCUCAGGAGCUAUGCUCUGUAUCGGUUUUAUAGCAGCCUUGGUUGGCCAGGGUGGUGGGAGUUUGAUAACGCCGUUGCUUCUUUACAUGGAGCUAAACCCUCAACAAGCUGCAGCGACAGGCUCUGUCGUUAUGCUCAUCACAAGCUCUAGUUUGGCGUUGUCUUUUGGCCUCGGGGGCUUCCUGCCCGCUGCCUCUGAUAUGUGGAUCGCAGUUCUGCCGUUUUUCGGGGCCUUACUCGGCGACUUGCUCCUAUCUAGAUUGCUCUUAUGGAGCCGCAGACUGAGUUUCCUCGCUCUCCUUUUGGCCGCUUUAGCCAUGACAGGCGCAAUGGUGAUCUUCACAACGGGGAUAGUGAAUGUCAUCUCGCAGUAUAGACGCGGAGAGAGCCCGCUCAGUUUCGGUACUUUAUGCUAAGUUACCCUUCAUUGACUAUUAUAUACCAAAACAGGGCCUCAGUCUGAUGAUUGUUUUUAUAUCACUUUUCGUGAGGUCUAUUGCCUGUUGUCUAGUGAUAUCUUUAUCCAUCUGCUGAUACACCGAACAUCAACUUCAAGACAUCAGUUCGCUC